ACUUUAACAAGCCUCAAACAUUAUUUUAUUUGAUGUUAUAUUAAACAUGUUGUAUGAAAAGUAACUGCGCCACGCGCUGCCAGCGCGCGUGUAUUGAGAGCAAUGUGCAUCUAUUUUAGCAUAUAUUAUUAGGUCAAGGAUUUAUCACUAUCCUCGGAACGCUGUUAAAUAUGUUUAAAAACCGAACCAAAGGACUUCCUCUUAGCCUUAAUAACGUUUGUGCUGUAUUUAACCUCUGCUUUUGCUGUACAGAGUACGCAAUUCUCGACAUGCAUAUAGCAUACUUCUUUGAAUACUGAAACGUCACAUUUGCAUGGAUAUAAAUUCCUUUAGGUUCCAGAAAUAAAGAAGUCAUUAUCAACAUAAUUUCAUCUAUGGCUGUGUGUAUUCUUAACUAUAAUAGAAUAGAACAAUAAUGAUUUUUAUGUACCAAUGUGUAAUAAACAACGUUGUAUGAUGUUCUAAAAUAGUAUCAGCAGCUGGCACGAUCUAUGAGAUUCCAAAAGCGAUCGAUAGAUGGCGUUGCGAGUUGUUGUUCUCAAACAGAAAACAUGAACGACGCAUGCGCACAGAAAUAGUCUCUCGAUGAUCACCUUCACCUAGGAGAGAACCGUCAUGCAUAUAUCUCUACAAUGAUAACACUAAAUACAUUAGAUUUUCGUUGUUAUUUCAAAAGCAUCGUCAAUGAAAAGAAGUACUUUCAUAUUAUUAUAACAUUUUUUCGAGUUUACAUUUGCUUUCAGUGUCGCGGUAACCGCAGUUAAAAUAACCAAAUGUAUUAGUUUCCGUCCUAAGCGUGGCUUGCAACAGAGAAUAAAAUAUUUUCUUGCUUCGCGUUUGCUUUUAAACCUGUAAAUGUAAAAUUGGUUCCGAUUUCUUAAGAAAUAAACACAUCAAGUUAUUUAACUAUCUAAUACAGCGUGCAGUGAUUCAUAUCAAACUAUUAAACAGUAAGAUACUACAGAGUUUGACAAUAAAGAGUUAGUGGAAAUCGUUGUGGACUCAUACUUGAUACGUUUGCCUAAUGAAUGCUCAUCAAGAGGCGUGCUCGUCAAUUGUAUUGAAUUGAGAAACCAAAACUAAAUUGUAGCUUGUUGUAUCCGGAUCGAUGCAGAUGAUAUCGUUGUAGUGGAAAAUGUAGUAAUAAAACGAACACAUGGUUUCUCAUGUAGCGAAACUAUUGUGUGCGAUGUUUAAUCCACCAUCUUGAUACCUGGACAAGGAAAAAUCCUGUAUUAUUGCUACAACUGAAAUGCAUUAAAAUUAUUAUAAACUAACGUAUAAUAAAGAAAAUCUAUAAUUGUUACGAUCACAUUAUCUAGAAAAUAAAGAAAGAUAUAACAUUGAAAGGUUUACCCUUCAGCUUGUUUACGCAAAACUGAUAAGAAUGCAAUAACAUUUUCUCAUAACAUAUUACAUAAUGAACUUUCAUCUAGGAGAACUAAAACAGUAAUAGAUGCAGAUGUAAUUCACAUUACUUGCAAGCUGUUUAAUUAGAUUUUAAGUAAACAAUGUUUUUACAGCAUUCGUAUUUGUCUGAUAAUAGAAUUACAAUAACCAUUAUUUCAUACAUUCAAUCUGUUCGUACGUUAUUAAGAAAUAUCGUUAAUUAAAUAGGAUUCUAUUAGUCACGUUAGGUUAUUAUAAGUAGUUAACGCUUAAUGGUUGUUAAGGGUCAAGUUCAUAAGGUAGUGAGAGAAUAUGCUAUCGCGUAUCAUUAAUACAAUAGGCCGUGGCGUGCUGGCCGCAACGGGCGAGAUAUGGUCUGAUAAAUGUGGUGCGCCCGUUGUUUUGCACACCUAUCUAUUUUGUAAUGCCCGAUUCCUUCCGGUCGACCUUGCCCAUAUCGUUCAGGUUGCGGCACCACUACACGUCAAGUGCACGGAUUUGCUUCGCCAAAUAUCACUUGCGAUUGCUAGCACCCGUCUGUUUCUUGCCUUGAGCAUCUACUCUCGUGUCGCUGAUCCUUCUCUACUAAUAUUCAGAAUUGCUCUUGUUUCGUUUGUGGCGUUAGGUAUUUAUAAAACAGUUUCGAUUAAACAAAUUGUAUUGUUUUGCCCAUUUUUGUUUUCUUUUUACUUUGCUAUAAAUAGCUCACAAUUCUAUUUCAACUAUAAACUAUUGGCGACAUAUUUGAUUAAUUAAAAUAGUUCCAAAUCAUUAAAAUACUCACUUGCUGACGUUAUGAAUACCAAUAUUGUAAAUUCCUACAGCUAACAAUACGGUACACACAGUACCUACUUAUAUUAUAUCGUAGGUAUAUUUUGUACGUAGCUCUACACUAGCUUUUUCUCCUAGGUCGUACGUGCGUUUACAAACACGCAAUUUGCAUAGAACCCGCACCAAUUCAGCAGUCUGGCCUCUCAGUCACUGCGUCAACCGUGCAACCAAAUAUUGUUUUUUUUUUUUUAAUUACGUAUGAACUGAAUUACGCACUUAUUAUUUUGUUAUCAAAAUAAAUAUUUAAAAUUAAGAUAAAGGGCAUUGCCCCAAAGUUGUACAAUUCAGUGCGAAAACAAUUAGAACAAGAAAGUAUUUAGGUUUAUUUAGCGAGUGGAACCAGUGUGUUUAUUAGUACAUACCAAAAAUUCCCUUGGUAUUUUGUCGUCGGAUCGACAACAAUGUUAACGAGUGGGACGCGGAUCAAUCCUGUUUAAACCGAUACGAAAAAGCUUGAAAUUGUUUGCUCCAUUUGUGCAUGCCAUCUUUAAUUAAACGCCAUGGAAUUGUGGUCCUCGCGCAGUCAAGUCGCAGUCGCGGAACGGAGUACACAUUUUACUCAACUGUUUUACAGCGUUUUAGUACAAUAUUUGAGUUGGGUUAUCUUUUUGAUUGUGUCAUCUGUGUCGCCCGCGAAGUUAAGUGAGACGUGCAGUGGUAUCGCGGCGCGCUACCCAGUUGUGUAAUAACCGGCCGGUUGGCCACCCGCCCCACGACGCCGGCGGUUCCGUCGCUCGUGUUGUAAACUAAACAGUGCUCACUAGACACGUAGUGCAGUGCAGUGCAGUGAAGUGCACAAUGGCAGAAUUGUCAUUGAAACAAGACCGCGCGCGUCUCCCCUUACGCUUCGGCUCUUUCUAUGAGCUUUACAAGAAGUUUCUCAAGGAGCACGGGUGCAAGUGGCAUGAUGUAUCGAAGUUACUUUCUGUGGUCGCAGAAAUCCUAUUCGAUGUAGACGGAGCUUGUAGUCGACUAGCGGGCAAGGUCAGUCAUAAACAACGGCUUGGCAUAGAAAAGUUACUCCCAUAACUGAAGUAUCCUUAUACUGAUGUUCAGAUUUAACAUAAAUUGAAAUUACCUACAUAUAUUGCAAAGUUCACUCAAACUAGGCAAACAAAAAAAAAAUUCCGCCAAUACAAAAUAUUAAUAUAAAAUGCAUCACAAUGAAAUAAAAUAGGUAUUCCAACUAAGAUCUGUAAUAACGUCUAACAAAUAAAUAACAAAGCAUUCACAUUCAAAUAACAUUCACAUGUCUCUUUAAUAUUAUUUAAGCAAGUGUUAUCGUAUUUACGGAGAUGUCAUGUUUUAGGCUAAUGAACUGCUCAUAGGUACAAUAAACUAACUGUAUUCAUAUGUACUACUCACUGAAAUUACAUAAUACAGCUGCAAAUGUGACCGUUAUUUAUACUCAUUCAAAAAUGUGUUGCUUUGCUUGGCCCCUUUAGUAAUAGGAUGCGAUAACACGACGGCCGACCCUUUGGGAGUUCCUUUUUACCUGCACCCUAACAACAAACGAGCAAAACAGCUGUUCGGCAUUUUGAACAACAUUCAGUCCUUCACGUGGCGUCGAUGUGCAAUGUUAACUAAUAAUUCCCAUGCGGUAGUUAUCAUGAACAAAAGUGACGAUAACUGUGCUACUUGUGGACAUAUUGCAUCAGUGUUGUUAUUAGUGACUACGACCUAUCUGACCGUUCACAAAAUGAAAACGUUUUGCUUGCUAAGUGUCUUGGAAAAAAUCAUAAAAUUCAAUUAUCCGGAGUUGAUAGAUGAAAAGGAUUGUCAACUGGUAUGUCUUUUCAGAAUAAUGUUUCCAAUGUAAAACAGCAAUAAAUUGUCGUGAAAUACAUGCAUCUAGUUAAAAGUGACAGAUAUUGAUCGGUAAUUAAAAGCAAUACGGUAGUUUGUAACGACGGCGACGCCGUCUAAUCGUGUUGAAAAAUGUUUACUCGCCAAGUGAAAGUAGAAAAUUACCACGCAGUGGGCAUAUGUACUAUAUGCUUUGGUAACUGCGAGUGAGCUAUUUUGCGAGAAUGCAAUACAAUUUUGUGUUGACUUAAAAUGACAACGUUACUGUGCAGUAUUGUAAAGCAACUGCCUACGUAUUUUAAUUUUAUCUUCGAACCCUGUGUUUUAGAGAAAUAAAAAAACAAAUGAUGUAGUUAUCGAUAAUUUAUUCAAAUAAAUAAUAAUAGAUAAUUCUUGGAACAUUCCGGAAUCAAUCAAGGUUUUAAUACAGUCUGCCGACUUAUUAGAGAACGCGGAUGAGGACAGAUAUGUUUAACACAAUGAUAAGCGUGAGAGCGCACGUACAUGGAUCGUGGAGCGUUAGUUUAUCAUCUCAAGUCCGGUAGCCCGCAUCCGCUCAUCUCGUAUUCAUUCUCAAUAGAUAAAGCAUGCUUUGACACGCUGAUUUGAUAAUUACUAGAAGUACAAAUUACGGGGUUAGGCCCAAUGAUGCGUAUAUAAAGAUAACACUGCGUGUUCGCUGCGCACGCGCCGUGUUGAGGCUUGUCCGCGUCAGACUCGGCCACCGCCGGCAUUGUUCACAGCUCACACGCGCUCCACUGACCUGGUUACCUACAGCUUAUUGACAGAACUGUCUUGGCUCCGCUGCUCACCGUUCAGAGAAAGGUGUGCAUCUAUGAAACAAUGAUACCAUUUUAAUUUCAACCUAUAAAAUGUAUAAGUUUCAACACUUGUUUACGUUUAUAUAUUUAACACGUAUUGAACAUCCAUAAACACUUAUUGUCAGGAAUAUUAUUGAUUUCUUAGUAAAUAGCUACUUAAUUAAAUACCACGUAUAAUCCAUUGUGUAUUAAAUUGUAUUGAUAAAAAUUAUUUCCUUGCCAAAAUCAUGACGUGAACUAAAUAGAACCUAGGUGUUAUUAAAAAUAGGUCAUUAACCUCUGGCUACUAUAUACUCCGAUAAUAGAAAUUCGCAGAAUAGGCAUGAAAUCUACAUUUCAAUAAUACGAAAAAACGUAGUAAAGUGUAAUGCGAAGAAAUGUGUUCGCGGCGGGCACCUCGGAGUGCGCGGGAGGGCGCUCCCACGGGUUGCCGAUAUUUUUAGUGCACGACGAUUACUUGGCACCGGCGGCCGCACUCGGUUGCGCUAGUGAUCUUUCUGAAAUUCGUUCGCGCUUAGGUACGCUCUCGAUCUCGAGAUAGACCCAGUCUUAUGUCCGGUGGCGAAGAAGUGGUCGUGUAAAAAAGAAAGUCGCGGGAAUAUAUCAAUGUGUCGUGAUAACGGUUCUGUCGUGUAAAUAUGACUAUUAUGGACUAUUAUGUGAUAUAUCCAGGCUAAAGUGUUUCCACUAAAACAGUAAAAAAACAAACAUAAUGGCUAGUUUGAGCACCAGUGCUAGUGGUACGACUAGUCCUCGUCGUCAACGUUAUAAUAGAUCUUCCACCACGAGCGUCACACAGCUACUGUCAGACGGUUACUCCAGUUUUAUCAAUCGUUUAACUCGUCGUGGACCAUCCGAGAAAAGUGAAAUUAUUUCAGACACAAAACUUAGCACUGCGCGACCGCGUUUCGACGAAAAACUCAUUUCAAACAAAAAUUCCGCACUAUCGAAUGUGCGACGGUACGAGAACAAUGGCCACAUCUCACCAUACACAUCUUUGACGUCCGGUGCGCCAGCGCGGAAGUUGAACGAUGACCGUACGUACUCGAGUUACCUGGGCGCGACUAAGUCGCGCGUCGACACAUCACCUUUGCAUUCUACCUCCGGGAUUAGCGCACUCAGCCGCACUGACUCGUUCCGCAGAGCUCAUUUGAAGGAUAAAUCAUCACCGUUCACUAAGCGGUACCCAUUGAAAGAGGCCAACAAUAACAUUGAUGGCAUUUUGUUAGGUAGCACGCGUAGUCGAUUGGAAGACAAGUAUUCCUCUGUUUUAGAUAGGAUAGCGGUACAGAAAAAAGAAAGGGCAAGGAAAGAAAAGGAAGACCGUGAUAAGACAUUAGAACCUGAACCGGUAUUAUCCCGAGGACUGAUGAGGAGUCUUACGACAGCAGUUUUUGGUGAAAAUUCCUUUAAAAGAAAUAAUUAUUCCCAUGAAAAAAUUAGAGAUAAAACUCCUUUCAGAAACACGGUGGACAGACGACUGUCUUCUAGUCAUAAACAAAAAGAUGAUUACAAAAAUGGAUUUGACAUUCCAUUAAAAGAUCGGCAUUAUGGUAAAGACAGAGAUAGUGUAUAUCGAAGACAUCAAAGAAGAUCACUAAGAGCUGAAAAAAGCGAAAACAACGAUAGAAAAAUGGGCAAACUAUCAUUGCGUCCAAUAGACAUAAACAUAAACCCAGCUGUUAGAGAUUUAGUAUCACCUCCCCAACAACACAUAAACGAAGCUUAUGGAAAAUCAAAAAUAACAAAAACUCCUGCAGCUUCUCCUGCUAGAGAGGUGGGACGACAAAAACAAAUAUAUUUUCCAUCAAGUGACGAAGACGACGACAAGACCCCGGUAGGAGACAGAGUGCUCAGUGAGCGAGAAACUAGGCGGAAAGAGAUACAGGGGCUCAUCAUGAAGUAUGCACACGUUGAUGAGAUGUACGGACGUAUCGGCGAAAAGGAGAUUAACGAGAAAACGAAUGGAUUAGCUGCUCCAAAGAAGGUUGAGCCGUUAGCUGUUGGCGAUAUAGUGGUGCUGCCGCCCGAGCUGCGCGGCCGGCAGCGGCCGCAGCGGCCUCGCCAUCUGAUGCGGCACGCGGCCACGCCGCCUAGCUCCCGGGCACGCUCCUCCGUCAAGGACGACAAGGACGGACAUCUGGUCUACUGGCCCGGAUAUGUCAUGGGAGCGAGAUACAAAAUCAUCGAUACGCUCGGUGAGGGCACCUUCGGCAAGGUGGUCGAGGUGAAGGACUUGGAAUUGGAGCACAGAAUGGCUCUGAAGAUUAUCAAGAACGUUGAGAAGUACAGAGAGGCUGCAAAACUCGAGAUAAAUGUAUUAGAAAAGUUAGCAGAAGUUGACCCUGAUUGUAAAAACUUAUGUGUUAAGAUGUUGGACUGGUUCGAGUACCACGGACACAUGUGCAUCGCAUUUGAAAUGCUCGGCCAGAGUGUAUUUGACUUCCUGAAAGACAAUAACUACCAGCCGUACCCGCUCGAGCAGGUCCGGCACAUCGCGUACCAGCUCAUAUACAGCGUGCUGUUCCUACAUGACAACAAACUCACGCACACCGAUCUCAAGCCAGAGAACAUUCUCUUCGUCGACAGUGACUACGAAGUCGUCAGCGUUUACAACGCCUCUAAAAAGAAACAUGACCUAAUGCGUGUGAAGCGGAGUGACGUGCGACUGAUAGACUUCGGCAGCGCCACCUUUGACCACGAACACCACAGUACCAUCGUGUCCACCAGGCACUACAGGGCGCCUGAAGUCAUACUAGAACUGGGGUGGUCACAGCCGUGUGAUGUCUGGUCUAUCGGCUGCAUCAUGUUCGAGCUCUACCUCGGUAUCACACUCUUCCAAACACAUGACAACAGAGAACAUCUCGCCAUGAUGGAGAGAAUCUUAGGACCUAUACCAUACAGAAUGGCGCGCAAAACAAAAACAAAAUACUUUUACCACGGAAAAUUAGACUGGGACGAGAAAUCGUCAGCUGGCAGAUACGUCAGAGAAAACUGUAAACCACUAAUGAGGUACCUGCAGAGUAACAGCGAGGAGUCGCGGCAGUUGUUUGACUUGAUCGCGCGCAUGCUGGAGUACGAGCCCUCACAACGCAUCACGCUGCGAGAGGCACUCAAGCAUCCUUUCUUCAACAAACUUCCACAGCACCAGAGGCUCGGACACCAGUUUACAAGGCCAUCAUUCCUUAGGCAAUGACCGGUUGCGAUGCAACGGUGAAAGCUCAGGGUCCCGCGAACGAUCGCACUCGCUCAGCAGGUGAGCGGCAGUCGGGCGCCGUGAGGCUCGAGCCGCCGGAGUUUGAGUCCGGCCCGGCCAUCCGGCCCGCCCCGGUCCGGCCCGGCCCGGCGGCCCGCAGUACAGCGAUAGUCAAAAUGGCGCGGCCGCAUCGUGCCCGCCGACCGUGUAAACUUGUACAGUUGUAAUGAAGUGAUAAGUGAUAAUUAUUUUGUCGAACAUUGUAAUCUAGGUAAUAUUUUGUUGUGAAUCGGUACUUCUCAAUUUGUAUUUAUAAAGUAACUAUUAUUCGAAAUAAAGACUGUCAGUCUGAAAUAA